AAACAGAGGCGAGGCCUGGCAGAAUACGGGUGGGAAAAUGAGUUUCGACGGACUACGCAGCUAGAUGAGUCAAAAUGGCGGCGCGCAAGGAAGAGGACGCAGUGCAGCUUCACCAGGAGGACGCCAAUAACAAAGAAGGCUCUGUGAAGAUGGCUGUAGCAUCCGAGGACGCGAGCAAGCAGACUCUUGUUGAUGACGUCACGUCCAGCGACACUGUGAAACCCCAGGACGGUCAAGGACAAGCACCUGUCUCUUCAAUGUCAGAGAGACACGUGUCCAUCCAGACUUCACUAGAUGGUUUGGAGAUGCUAGUGGACUUAAAUGGAGCCGGUAGAAAGUCCUGCCCAUUAUGUCCAGAGGAGAAGUUUAAGGCUUGUUACAGCCACAAACUCAGACGCCACCUGCAAAACCUUCACUGGAAAGUCUAUGUGGAAUUUGAAGGUCAGAGGAUGUGUAUUUGUCAUCUACCAUGCAGACAGAUGAAGUCCAGCCAGGGUUCAGAUCAGAGUCAGGCCCGGUUGGUUGCGCACUACCAUUGUGUUGUGUGCUCUGUCACCAUUGCACGAAAAACAGACAUGAUAAGCCACCUCAAACGGCACAUCAACAAAGGCGAGACCGAAGCAAGCUAUUCAGGGACUUCGGACGCAUCGUUUGAGGAACCGGUGCCAGGUCAAGCAUAUGAGAUUAUGAAGGAACUAGGUACCAAUGUGCAGCUCAUGCCCAACCACACCACACCCAUGAAGACUGAUACAUACUUCAACCGUAAGAUGAAGGCCAACAGGCAGUUGGUGUUUUGUUCUCUUGCUGUUCUUGCCGAAGAGAGAAGUCCGUUAGAAUGUCUGGAUGCAUUUGGAGCCACUGGUAUAAUGGGCCUGCAGUGGGCCAAGCACCUCUGCAGCACCGUGAACGUGACGAUAAAUGACAUAAACGAAGCCUGUGUCAAUAUGAUCAAGGAGAACUGCCACCUCAACCACAUCCAGCUGGACAAGGAGCACGCGGAGGACAGCAACGACCCCAUCAACACUGUGGAAGUGACUCAGAUGGACGCCAACGUCCUCAUGCACCUCCGGGCGUUUGACUACAUACACCUGGACCCUUUCGGCACAGCCGUCAACUACCUGGAUGCCGCCUUCCGCAACGUACGCAACUUGGGCAUCGUUUCUGUGACUUCAACCGACACCGGCUCACUCUACUCCAAAUCUCUAAAUGUGACUCUCCGCCAUUAUGGCUGCCAGAUCGUCAGGACCGAAUACUACAGAGAGCUGGCAGCACGCAUGGUGGUGGCCUCGAUAGCCAGGGCAGCAGCACGCUGUAAUAAAGGUAUCGAAGUCUUAUUGGCUGUGGCUUUGGAACAUUUCGUGCUGGUGGUUGUGCGCGUGCUGCGAGGCCCCACGCAGGCCGACGAGACGGUCAAAAAGCUGCGGCAGCUGUUGCACUGCCAGUGGUGUGAGGAGAGAGUGUUCCUCAAGCUGGGCAGCAUGGUGGAGGAGAAUCAGUACAGGCAGCUUCCAUGUCAGUGCCAUGGCAGCAUGCCGGGGAAGACUGCAGUCGAGCUGGGACCUCUCUGGUCAGGGUCUCUGUUCAACACUGGCUUCCUGAGGCGGAUGCUGGUGGCAGCGGUGCAGCACAGCAUGGACGACAUUCAGCCCCUGGUGAAGAUUCUGAUCUGUGAGGCAGACUGCACCAUGCUCAAGUCCUUCUCUGUCACAGGCCAGCUGAUUCUAGCCAACCAAGUAGAGUGCGGUGUCGUCAUCAAAACUUUACAGAAGGUGGAGGAAGCAGACACUGUUGAUCAGUCAGGUAAGAGGAGAAUUGGAGAGGAUUCUGGUAAUGCUUUGAAGAAGCUGAAAUCGGAUGCGUCCCUGGAGCACCCUGCAUUCUACUACAGCAUCCAUCGGCACAGCAUCCGAGGCAUGAACAUGCCCAAGCUAAAUAAGUUUCUGCAGUACCUGAGUGAGGCUGGGUUCAGGGUGAGUCGCACGCAUUUCGACCCGACUGGAGUCCGCACUGACGCCACACUGGAGCAGUUCAAGUCUGUGCUCACUAAGUACAGCGUCCCGACUUAUAGCUCAGGACCAGCGAGCAGCCUCAGCACAGAGGAUGUGGCGGCUAAAAAGGACUAAACGUGAACAACCUGAACAGCAAUAUAAGGACUUCUGAUGAUGAUAAUCUGGUGUUGUGGGUGUUGAAUAGAGUUACUCUGGCAGUAGGAUGUCCCAUACCUGCAGAGCUGUGUGUGUGUCUAUCUUGUCUGCUCAUACUACUGUACUCUAUAGUGGAGUAUUACUGUAUUAAACAGUGCAGUAAAUACCAUGUGAAGCUAGUACACAUGUAUUGAUUUACCUGCUUGCUGUGGCUGAGUUUUCUAAAAGCAUCGCAGCACAAAGGAUCAUCGUUAAGCGCUAGAGUAAGCAUCACACUGAUCACUUCUGCUCCUCUUGUUCGAAUGAGUUACUUAACAUUUGUAAUAAGUUUAAAGUUGUGAUGCUUUUGGGAAACUCAUCCUGUUUUGCAUAAGAGUAUUAAUAGUAACGUUUGGCUUUAGGAUAUGACCAGUAUUUGUGCUUCCUGCUACAUAGGAGGUUUUUACCCCUUUGCAUGUAGAGGAAGUUACUAUUUAGUACAGUAGUAUGCACAGGGAUUCUAAUGCACUGAGAUUUUAUGCUAUUUUUUUUCUUCUUUUUUUGUGAAAAACUGAGCCUGUAUGCUUUCAGUAUCUAAUGCUUUUAUUUAUUUUUCCACGUUGGAAUAUGACAAUUUUACGAGCACUUUGACCUUUUUAAUCAAGCUUCAUGUGCUUCUCUGUUCCUUUUUUUAUUGUACUGCUAGGCUUGAGCCUCGGAGCUGCCUAGUUGGAUUUAUACAGCAAAUGUUUACUUGGCCUGUACGACAAAUAAAUUUCAUAAAUGGAAAAUG